AAUUAAAAUCAGAAGCCACAGAGAUUACAGAGUUAUUUGGGCUGAAAUCAGUGUAGUUUUUUUAACUCUGCGCAACUUAUAAAUAAUUUUUUAAAAAUAAUCUUUUAUUGUUUUUUACAAUUUUUAUUAAAAAAUAAUAAAUAGUUUUUUUUAAUUACUUAAUUGAAACAGUAAUGGUUCUAAUCUUGAAAGAAAGAAAAAUGUAAUGUAACUUAAGAAAUUUUGUAGAAGAUUCAAUAAAAGUUUUCUAUUGCUAUAAGAAUAUACGCAUUUUUAUUUUUCUAAAACUAUUAUAUGGUAGAGCAGAACAUAAAAUAAAUAUUUGAUGAAGUACAAAAUACCUAUCAAGUUCUGAGUAAUAGAUAAAAAAGUGUCAACAAUUUUAUUGAUGUUACCUUUAAAUUGAGUUACUAUCUUUAUACUGUGGACUAAAUAUUAUUUUCUAUUAUUAUGGAUUAUUCUGACCUAAACAAUACAGAAAAAUAUGCAGACGUUGAAGAAAGGAUUCGUUAUGUUAAGCAAAUAAACCAAUUGUCUGAUCCAACUCAACCUUUCUCUCAUAAAAUGGUAUUUAAUAAACAAUCUCUUGAAUUAAAAAUGAACUUUUUGAAAGCAACUAAUAUCAAAAACUUGGAAAGAGAAGAAAUAUUUCAUUUAUUUAAGAAGAAUAUGAUGGAGUCUUAUAAAAAUUGUCCCUGGGGAUGGCAGGAAAGAAAAAAACGUUCUGAAAUGUUUCAUUGUGAUGCUAGAUAUAUUAUUGUGCGUUAUUUAGCCAAUAAUGAAUUAGCUGCAUUUAUACAUUUUCGUUUUGAUCUUGAAGAUUCAAUUGAAGUGUUAUACUUAUAUGAAAUUCAACUAAAACCUGAAGUUCGUAGCAGAGGAUUAGGAAAAUAUUUAAUGGAAUUAAUUGAAAUUAUAGCAUUCCAUCAUAAUAUGAAGAAAGUUGUUUUGACUGUUCUAAAAAAUGAAGAAAAAGUUGUACAAUUUUACAUGUCACAGAACUAUGAAAUAGAAUCAUAUUCUCCAAAAAAUUCAUUUUAUUAUAUAUUAAGUAAAAGAAAUCAUAGAUUAACAAAUGUUUAACAAAUAAAAUAGUAAAAUAAAUUUAA